AUGUCAGGUGAACAAGGGUAUCUCGAUCUCUGCAAAAGAAUCAUCGAAGAAGGCGAAUUCCGACCCGACCGUACUGGUACCGGUACCGUAUCGUUGUUUGCGCCGCCGCAACUCCGAUUCGAUCUCUCCAACGACGUGUUUCCCCUCCUCACCACCAAAAAGGUCUUCGUCAAGGGGAUCAUCCAUGAGCUUUUAUGGUUUGUCCAGGGGUGUACUGAUGCCCAAAAACUCACCGAUCUCGGAGUGAAGAUCUGGGAAGGCAAUGGUCUGAGGCAAUUCCUUGAUUCGGUGGGUCUUAGUCACCACCGUGAGGGCGACUUGGGUCCAGUUUAUGGGUUCCAGUGGCGCCAUUUCGGAGCCGAGUACGUCGAUUGUGACACCGAUUACACCGGCCAGGGUGUUGACCAGCUUGCUGAGGUUAUCUACAAAUUAAAGAACAACCCUUACGACCGGCGCAUCAUUUUACUGGCAUGGAACCCCAAAGCAUUUAAAGAGAUGGCAUUGCCUCCGUGCCACAUGUUCUGCCAGUUCUACGUGAACUUCCCUAAGGACGGUGGUCGGCCCAAGCUUCUGUGUCAGAUGUACCAGCGGCUGUGCGAUAUGGGGCUUGGCGUCCCCUUUAAUAUUGCCCUGUACGCGUUGCUUACACGUAUGAUUGCGAAGGUGGUAGAUAUGGACUGUGGUGAGUUUAUCCACGUCAUGGGAGACGCCCACGUCUACCGCGACCACAUCGACGCGUUGAAAGAGCAGAUACAACGCCAACCCGCCGACUUCCCCAAACUCAAAAUCAACCGUGACGUCACCGACAUCGACGACUUUAAGUUCGAAGACUUUGUUAUCGAAGACUAUCACCCGCAGGCGGCCAUUAAGAUGAAAAUGAGUGUUUAG